AUGCGACGCAUCAUCAGCACCAUCAUCUGCGGAGCACUCAGAAGCCCUACAAGCGCCCUCCGGCUACAAAGCCGGUACCGCUCAGCUUUGCGGCAGAUCUCUUGCCGAGGCCGCGGCCGCAGGCUGCGUCUUCAAUAUGAUGACGGUAUCGUGGCUGCCACUCGAGUGCUACGACGGCGGACUCACCACCAAAUCCAUGGAAGAAGGCUCCUGGAACUUCUAUCUCAGCAACUCGACGCGACUCGAGCCGCUUCGGAGGAAAGAGUACAGAUUCCUUCUUUAUAA